GCCAAUCCGAGCAGGCUUUGUAUUCGUUAAUAAAAUACAUCGCUCGCCCUGAUUGGUUCAGUGCCGAAGCUACAUACAGUGUUACCGGCUAUCCAGCGGGCUAACAUCAAGCGGGCGGCAAUUUAAUACCAGCGUAUAAGACAACCCCCCGAUUUCUGCGGGAUAUUAAGUAUAAAAGGUCGUCUUGUACGCUGGAAAAUACGGUAUUUUGUAAUCAAAGUUAUGGGUAAAGUUUCACUUGUAUAUCACAUGUAUAGGCAUGUAUAUCGCAUUAUAAUCCUUGUGUUUCUCCCCCCCCCUAGAAAGCCAGAAUGGAGGAUCACGAAGAGCCAGCGAGCAGCUCAAUUGAUAUUGCGGAGGAAUUGACCUGUCUGCUGUGCAGUGGGCUCUGGAAGGAUCCUGUUAUGGUGGAAUGUGGCUUCAUAGACAAGGCCUUGGUGGGUAAGGAGCCCUUUAUGUGCCCCGGGUGUAAGGAAGAAAUAACGGAGAAAAGAUGCACUAGGAACAGAGACCUGGCCAACCUGGUGAAGACUGCUGGGGUGUCUACUCCAGGAACAACUCCAGCAAAGACCAUAGCGAAGGAAAAUAUUCCACCUCGUGAGAACUGUCAUGAGCAUGGCGAGGGGCUUAACAUUUUUUGUAUGGAUGACGGAGACUCUAGGGAUGCCUUAUCUGUCAAAUGUCUACGAAACAUGCCAACCACGUCUUCCUUCCCAUCCUGGAGGCGAUGGGUGUGUUCCAGAAAGAACUAUCUUCUAUGGUAACUCCCCUGGAAGAAGCCUUAAAGGUGGCUGAGCAGAUGGCUAAACGGCAAAACGAAAAGAUUGACACUUACAGAAGCCUAAGGAGAUUUGGAUCAUCAGCAACUAUUGGGUGAGCCGGGCAGAGAAGACGACAUCGGACAACUUGGGACUCAAUAUGCAAUAUUAUGUUCGCUGGAUGGCUGAAUGCACCUUGCAAUGGAGUGAUGCAAUGAGACAUGGGGUUGCAUUGUAGUGUGGGGGGUAUUGUAUUGCAGUGUCGGGUGGUAUUGCAGGGUGGUG